AUGUGUCUCCUUCCAUUGCCGUCCCUGUGCGGGAGCCUGGACACUCCCGAGAAAACCUCCCCCACAGGAGGUCCCCGUGGGUCCCCGCGGCCCCGGCUGCUUGGGCACAUCCCGGUGCCCGUGGGCGCUGUGGGGGAGCUCAGGGGCCUACACUGCUCCCCGGAUGGCCUGCUCUUCCUGACAGCAGGGUCCGGGCCUUUCGUCCACGUGCUGGACCUGGAGGGACACGCCCUUUGCCACCUGCCGUGCCGCAGGCAGGGCGCUGGGGCCUUCGUUCCGGAGGACGUGGCGGUGACGGCCGCGGGGCUGGUGGUGGUCAGCGACCUCGUCCACGGGGCCGUCCACGCGCUCCAGCACACCAGACAAGCCCCGCAAGGCCACUGGGCCACUGUGGGCACAUUCCUGUCCCCCAGAGGGCUAGCUGUGGAUGCCCUUGGCCGCUUCCUGGUCGCGGACUACCUGCGUGGGUCUGUGCACAGCUUCACCUUGGGCCCCGCCUGGGAGCUGCUGGCCCCGGCUGCGAUUCUGGGUCUGGAAGGCCCCUGCUGGGUGGGCCCAGGACCUGACGGGGGCCUGGCUGUGACCGAGGAGUUUGGGAGUGUGUGGUUGUUCGGCAGUGCCCGCCAGCCCCUCGGCUCCCUCGGGGCCACUUUUGGCCGCCCGGCAGGCGUGUGCUCUGACUCUGAGGGCAAUGUCAUUGUGGCUGACCAACGGAGGCGUCAGGUGACUCUGUUUCCCCGCGUUGGGCCUCCCAUCUGCCUGCUGUCAGAGGGGCUGGAGCGGCCCUUGGGCGUGGCCUGUGCACCGCAGGGCCAGCUAGUCGUGGCAGAUGCUGGAGACAACUGCAUCAAGAUAUACCAGUACCUGGGGCCUGGUGGGGAGCCCCAGUGA